GAGAGAAGCCCGCGAACAUCAAGUCCCUACGACACGGUCCACCAUCCUUAUACCGUAAACCCCCAGUGCCACUAUAAGACACCAUAAAGCCCCAUAAUAAUGGAUGGAACAAAGCCGGCCAUGGACUCCAAUGCGGAGGAAACUCAAGACGAAGGACAGGAGAGCAAAGGAUGCUUCGAGUGCUGCAUCAAAUGUCUGGGCGGUGUGCCCUACGCCUCCCUGGUGGCCACCAUCCUCUGCUUCUCCGGUGUGGCCCUGUUCUGUGGUUGUGGCCAUGUGGCACUGACCGGCACUCUGACAAUGCUGGAAAACCACUUCUCCAGGAUCACCAGCGACCACGCCACCCUCACCUUGGUCAUUCAGAUAUUUCAGUACAUCAUCUACGGCAUUGCUUCCUUCUUCUUUGUGUACGCCAUUGUCUUGCUGGCUGAGGGAUUCUACACCACAAGCGCCAUCAAGAAAGAGCUGCAGAGUGACUUCAAGACCACCGUGUGUGGACGUUGCAUCACUGCCUUCUUCAUGUUCCUGACCUACAUCUUCGCUCUAGCAUUCCUCGCCAUCUUCGGCUUCACGGCCAUCCCAGUGUUCCUCUUUUUCAACAUGUGGAACACCUGUGCUGCCAUGAGGUCCCCUGAAUCCAAUAUCACCUCGCCCGACUCCAUUUGCGUGGAUGUCAGGCAAUAUGGUAUUAUUCCCUGGAAUGCAACACCAGGAAAAGCUUGUGGUUCCACUCUAGGAGACAUUUGCAAUACCAGUGAGUUCUACCUGUCCUAUCAUCUCUAUAUUGUGGCAUUUGCCGGCGCUGGAGCGACUGUCAUAGCACUGAUUCACUAUCUGAUGAUCUUGUCUGCCAACUGGGCCUACCUAAAGAGCGUCGUCUCCACGCAUGACUACCAGGACAUCAAGACUAAGGACGACCAGGACCUGGAGGCGGAGGCGCGCUCCAAGGAGGGCCAGAACUCGUCCUCCUACUCAUAAGGAUGGGUGACCCCGCUUACGACAUUACCCAUCUCCCCCUCACGUCUUCAGCCGCUAAUCCACCACAUUUUAGAAACCAAUAGGCUCCUUCUUAAAAGAAAAAAAAUGAAGAAAAAAAAAUCUGCAUCCCUAGUUAUAUUCAAUAGUCUCGCCCACUCCUGAGUCUCUCUGCUCUUCCCUUCCGCCAUGGUGGAUGGAGUUGGUGUACUCUCCCAUCAGAAGGGAACAGGAUUGAGGGUCAGGAGGAACGGCAGGCUGGCAGGUCCUCCCAAAGAGAAUGGGAGAGCUCGUCCGUCAGGCUGGAGCUCACAUACAGUCCAUCGAUUUACGAAGAGUCUCCUGGCUGUCGGGGUGCAGUCCGUCCAAGUGACUGAUGUCGUCGCCAUCCCCGAACCAGCACAGCCUCUCGACGCACGGCUCCCUGCGGCCUAAAUAAACAUUGUUUACUGUCGGCGCCCGACACGGAAAGCCAGACAGCGACCAACUUCCUCUUUUUUUUGUUGAUGUUUUAUAUGCAUAUAUAAAUAUAUAUGAAUAUGAAUAUAUUGUUUGAAUGUGUGCGAAUGUUGUUGUUUUUUAAUACUCUCUGAAAAUGCCAGGUACUCUUAAGAUAUUUCUUACGUUUUGGAUGUUCCUUCUCCCCAAUUUACUUCUUUAUGACUCCGUAUUGUUGAUACUCAGAACAUUGUCACUGUACAAAAAAAAAAAGAAAGGACUUUUAUCAACUCAAUCAAUUUCAAGGGCUUUAUAGCCUGAUUUGAUAUUUUGGGAAACGCUUACCUUCAGUUUACUGACACAGUAUUUUUAAUGCUCGAUCAUUUAGUUUUUCAUUUUUAACAAAAAAGCUAAACAUUGUAGGGUCUUUUCUUUUGUUAUUCAUUUACACAAAAUUCAAACUACAAAAUCAAUAAAUCGCUCACUUAAUCGGUCUUUUAUUUGAAAUCGUCAACUGUUAUGGUUACUUCUGCAGAUUUUUUUUUUUUUAUGUUAAACAUGUAGCUAAGCUAACUAACCACGUAGACACAGUCGGUCAUGUCUGUUGGUAAACGUUUCCUCAAACUUUGAUCAAACCCUGACUUCUCAGCAAUCAAUUUUUUUUUUUUAUUCCUACAUCUUGAAACUAUUAUAAAUGUUUGUCAACUGUUGCUAAGCCAAGACAUGACGUUUAAAAUUGGGGAAAAAAAUGUCACUCCUCAACACCAAAAUACAAAUAUGACUAAAAGAAGGCAAACGCUGGUUAACUAUUAACUACUCAUCUUCAUUCAUCUGUUAGAUCUGUCAAGCACUACAUAUGUGUCACUGGCAUAGAUGGUCAAAGAUAUUACAUUUGUGUAAACCGGGGGUCAGCAACCCGCGGCUCUAGAGCCGCAUGCGGCUUUUUAGCGCUGCCUUAGUGGCUCCUUGGAGCUUUUCGAAAAAUGUUUGAAAAUAGAAAAAAUGGGGGAGGGAAAUACAUUGAUAGUUUUAAUAUUGUGUCUGUAAGAGGAAAAACAUGACACAAACAUUCUACUAAUUCAUUAAUAUUGUAUUGCAGUUAAACUUCAUCAGAGUAGUCACGUGGUGUGUCAUUCUCUAUAGAAUUCACUGCAGAGAAAAUAAACGUUUACCGUAUUUUCCGCACUAUAAGGCGCAUCAGAAUAUAAGGCAUACCUUCAAUGAGCGCCCAAUUUUAAAACCGUUUUUAUGUAUAGGGCGCACUAUAUUAUAAGGCGCAGUAGUAGUAGUAGUAGUGGUUGGCGUUGUGCUAUGCAUCCGCAAGAUGGAGCUGAGCUAAACGGAAUGUCAUGCCAACUAAUAUUGAUCCAAAUAUAAAGCGCAUCAGAUUAUAAGGCUUUCAGGCUCGCCUUAUUGUGCAGAAAAUACUGUAAUCAUGAAAGCUGUUUUUGUAGCCAAUUUUGUCAUUUUGAUAGUAAGCUAAUAUAGAUACAUACAGCAUGUGUUGCCUUCAUUAUAAGGCUUUCAUAUUUUUUGCGGCUCCAAGUAUAUUUGGUUUUUAUUUUCUCCAAUUUGGCUCUUUCAACAUUUUAGGUCGCCGACCCCUGGUAUAAACAAAAGUGAAAUUGGACCAUUUUAUACGGCUCAGCUGAUUAUCACAAAGAAAAAUGGUUGGGAAUUGCUGAUCUUAAGUACAAUACUUACCCAAUACACAUUGAAUUUAGCAUAGUAAAAUUACUUCCUUUUGUGAAAAACUGUAAAUAGUUGUAUUGCCCAAAACCAUUUGAAUUGACACGAUAAGAACAGUCAAUGUUUGACCAUUCUAUUUUUUCCUUUUUCCCCAAAACAUGUACAUGUCUCUUUAUGUGAUUAGCACUCAAAUAAUAGAUCUGCAUUUGAUUUUACAAUUGUAAUGUAACAAAAGAUGUCGUGAGAUGGAUACAGCGCAGUCAUGAUACGAAGGAUCGAGGUUCCUGUGAUAUAAACACUUAAAAUGUGAAAUAAUUUCAGUUCUUGUGAUUCUUUUUUUUAUUUUAUAUGUAAGCCUGUAGUUUUUUUUCUUCUUCUUGUGGUUGUUUAUUUGUUUUAAUGACCUGCCAAAAGCGUGACUUGUCAGUGCAAUUGAGUACGGUAGUCUUUUUUUCCCCUUUUAAGCCUCUCAGAUGAACCACAGACUGUUUUUGGAUGUUUACACUCCGAAUAAAACAAGUCAGGAAUUUUCAUAUUCAUUUUAUAAUGUGAUAUUGUUUCAUAUUCAUAAACUAUACUUGUAUGAUUGAUAAACACUGCUUAGGCAACCCCCCAAAAAAGGAAAAAUAUAAUUUGAUGAGAUAAAGCAUGUCAGUAUUGUCCACGUGUGCAGCUGUCUAUUCUGUAUUUGGAGAAAAAAAGGACUUUUUUUGCCAUGUGUGCUGUUUGAUAAAAAUACAUCCUCUGCCACCAGGUGGAUGUAAAGGCAAACUUCAAUUUCCUAUCAGACAAUUCAUGUCAGGGUCUUGUCGUUUCCUUGUUAUUUGCAUGAAGGAGACAAGACAGUGUCUUUGCAGUUUUUUCAGGUGAUGUGUAGUCAGUCGUAUGACAACUUUGGUAGGCGGUGUUUUUCCCCACUUCCUCUGCACCCAGACCUUCUCCCCGUUUUUUAAAAAAGAAAAAAUAUAUAUACAGUAUCCAUUGUACUUUGAUGGCAAUGUAGUGUAUGUAGGUGUUUCCUUAUGGUUUUUAUUUUAAGUUGGAAAUAGUUUUAUGACUGCUAUAUAGUGAUGAUUUUUGUAACCUUCUCUAGUAAAACCAGUAUUUUUAUUAUGGUGUCA